UCGAACUUCGAAACCUCGGGACGGGAGUUACGAGAUGGCGACUUCCAUGGUGACGGACUUCGGCGACGGCCACUGCAUCGUGGCGUUCGGCCAGGACCACGUCCACACCACCCUGACCUCCUCCGGCGACGUCGUCGACGAGUGGCUGGGCCUCGUCUACCACAUCCACCGCCGCCGCCUCGACCGCCUCGUCGUCGGCCUCGACGUCGAGUGGCGCCCCUCGCUCCGCGGCCUCCCGCCGGGCCCCGUCGCGCUGCUGCAGCUCUGCGUCGGCCGCCGUUGCCUCGUCUUCCAGAUCUUCCGCGCCGACUACGUCCCGGACUCCCUCUUCCACUUCCUCGCCGACGCCCGCUUCACCUUCGUCGGCGUCGGGGUCUUCGGCGACGCGCAGAAGCUCAGCGCCCACUACGGGCUGCAGGUGGCCAACACGGUGGACCUGCGCCACCUCGCCGCCAGCGCGCUGGGGAAGCCGGCGCUGUGCCGCACCGGGCUGCAGGGGCUCGUGUGGCAGGUGAUGGGCGUCUGGCCCGAGAAGCCGUACCACGUGCGGGUCAGCGCCUGGGACGCGCCGUGGCUGACGCGGGAGCAGCUGCAGUAUGCAUGCGCCGACGCAUUCGCGUCGUUCGAGGUCGGCCGGAGGCUCUACGACGGCGACUAUUAGGUUAAGGGUGCCACCGUGCCAGUGCCAUCUGCUUACUUUUCUAGGGUUAUAUAUUAGGGGAAAAGUGUUACCUUUUGCUUUGCAUCCCAAGCAUGUCCGAUAUGGAGCUUGCACCAGUGUUCUUGAAACUUUACUAGACUAUAUAUACGAGAAUAUCCUGUGAAAA